AUGGCUCAACAAACUGUCCUUCAACAACCCGGUGGUACAACAGUAGUUAGUCCGUUUCGUUUCGAACAGAAUUGGUCUACAGGUUUAUUUAAUUGUUGUGAUGAUUGUGGAAACUGUUGCUACGCAUUUUUUUGUCAACCGUGUUUCAUAUGUUCAUUGGCUAAGACUAUCAAUGAACCAGCUGUUAGUUGCUGUUGUGUACCAAAUUAUUUAACCGCUUAUCGAACAAAAGUUCGAUCGGUAUUUCGUAUUGAAGGUGAUGUCUGCAAUGAUUGCAUGGUAGCAUCGUGUUGUGCACUUUGUGCAAGUUUACAAAUAGAAGCAGAAUUAAAACAUCAAGGACUUGUUUGA